AUGGCGGAGGCUCGUAGUGCGGCUGCAGUUUCAUUUGCUGGUUUGUUUUUGAAUAAAUUUUUUAUAGGAGGGGGGUAGAAAAUAAAUCAAGUAUAUUUCAAAAAUCAGGAAAUUUUGGUAUAUGAAUAUUUAUCGGAAACUAUAGAAUUUGGUGGGAAAAUUCGUUUGUUUGAAAUUAUGAAGUUUUAGAUUUUUUCUUUUUCUUAUAAAUGUUUAAUUUUAAAAUGUCACAAAAAUUCACUCCAAAAAGCUAGAAAAAUCAAGAAAUUCUUCAAAAGUUUUUUAUUUGGGAAUUUUUAAACUGAUGAAAAUCAAAAGGAUCAUAAAUUCAGAUAAUUUUCUAAAAUUUUGAUAUAUUUGGUCUCUGAAAACUAAAUAAUAUUGUUCCAGUAACUCACGAUGGAGUUUCGGUCAGCUACGAUCAAGAACUUCUUCGAGACAUUUGGCAUGGAAUCAGUCGAAGUUAUAAAAGAAGAUUUGGUCGAUUCAAGAAUGACUUCGUAAAUGGAAUGUUUCCUGCCAAUUCUUGGACUCUUGGUUUAGUUGUGGUUGUUGUUGGAAUUAUAUCAAUUCUCAAAUAUGAUUUAUCCUUCGGAGUUUUUCCAUUCAUUCAAGAUUAUAUUGUUCAUUUUAUCUUUGGGUUAGUUUUAUUUUUGAAAAAAAUUAUCAAGUGUAAUAUAUCUUAUUUUUCAGAGAUGGAUAUAUCGGUCAAACAAUCACUGUUAUUCUUGCUGGCGCUCUAACUUGGUUCAUUUUCGUUCAAAUCCUUCGACUUUCAAUCAAAACACUUUUGGAAUACAAAGGUUGGAUGUAUGAGUCACCAGGGAAACCAGUUUCAACUGCCACAAAAUUAUGGCUUGGAGUUCUUCAUUUCAUCUCAAAAGCUGAACCAAUGCUCCACUCUUUCCAAGGUGCUUUGCCACGUCUUCCACUUCCAAAUCUCGAUGAUACAGUACGCAAACAUUUGUUGUCAAUGAAACCAAUUUUGAGCAGCGAGGAAUUCGGAGAACUCGAAUUUUUGAGUGAAAGAUUCAGAAAAGGAGUUGGACGGAGACUUCAAAGAUAUUUGAGACUCAAAUCGUGGUUCAGUUCAAAUUAUGUUACCGAUUGGUGGGAGGAAUUUGUUUAUAUGAGACAAAGAAGUCCAAUUAUGAUCAACAGUAAUUAUUAUGGUUUUGAUACUUUGAAUGAGCAUCCAACUAAAAACCAAGCAUCAAGAGCUGCUAAUUUGACAUAUACAUCUUUGCAAUUCAGAAGAAUGGUUGAUAGACAAGAAGUUUCACCGGUUCGUUUUUCUUAUUUUUUUUCUAUAAUUUUGAUGAAAAAUUUCCAUUUUUAGUUCUCAAUUUCACCGCGAACAAAAGUACCAUUCUGCACAAUGCAAUACGAACGCCUUUUUAAUACUUGCCGUGUUCCUGGAGAAGAAGUUGAUCGACUUCUUCAUUGGGAUGAUGCUAAACAUGUUGCUGUUUAUUGUCGUGGUGCUUGGUUCAAAGUAAUUGUACACAACGGAAAAAGACUUUUGACACCAAGUGAACUUCAAAUUCAAUAUGAUGUUAUUUAUUCACAUACUCAUGAACCAAGUGAAGGCGAAAAACAUUUGGCUUGUUUGACUGCUGGAGAAAGAGCCGAUUGGGCAAAAAUCCGAAGAGCUCAUUUCAGAUCUGGUAUCAAUAAAACUAGCUUGAAUGAUAUUGAAAGAGCUGCAUUUGUUGUUAUUUUGGAUGAUGAAGAGACUCAUUAUGAUCCAAAAGAUCCAUCAAAAUUGGAUUUCUGGGCACAUAAUUUAUUGCAUGGAAAAGCUUAUGAUCGUUGGUUUGACAAAUCUUUCAAUAUGAUUAUCUCGAAAAAUGGACAUGUUGGAAUCAAUACCGAACAUUCUUGGGGAGAUGCUGCUGUUAUGGCACAUUUUACCGAAUGGUCACUUUUGCAAGAUAUUGUGUUUAUUGGAUAUGAUGAAAAUGGAAGAUGUAAAGGAGAACCUGUUGAAAAUAUUCAACCAGAAUUAUUGAAAUGGGAUAUUCCGGCACCGGCUUUGGAACAAAUUCAAAAAUCAUUGAAAGUUGCGCAAGCUUUGAUUGAUGAUGUUGAAAUGGCAUUGCUUGUUUGGACUGAUUAUGGAAAAGGUUUUGCAAAAAAAUUGGGAGUAUCACCUGAUGCAUUCUUGCAAAUGACACUUCAAUAUACUUACUUCAAAAAUCAAAACAAAUUCUCAUUAACUUAUGAAGCUUCAAUGACUCGUCUUUUCCGUGAAGGAAGAACUGAAACUGUCAGAUCUUGCACUGUUCAAUCUUCUGAUUUUGUUCUUUCAAUGCUUGACCAAAAAAAUGCUGUAAGUUUAGAUUUUUUUAUGCUUCAAAGAUUAUUGUUUGGUUUUUUCAGCCAAAAGAUCGUCUCGAAUUGUUGAGAAAAGCUUGCGAAAAACAUCAAGAAUUAUAUCGCGACGCAAUGUGUGGACAAGGAGUUGAUAGACAUCUUUUCGCUUUGUAAGUUUGAAAAAAAUAAAAAAAUGCAAAAGUUCAAAACUAAAAUAUGGCAUUUUGUAGAUAUAUUAUCAAGAGAUAUCUCGAAGAAGAAUCUCCAUUCUUUGAUAAAAUCUUCCCACCAACUUAUCUUCUCUCAACUUCUCAAACUCCAAUGAAUCAAUGUGAAGCAGAUGCAAAAGGAUUAUCAAAUGAAGUUCGAUUGAGAUUGAUUACUGCUGGAGGUGGUUUCGGUCCAGUCGCUGAUCGCGGUUAUGGUGUUUCAUAUAUUGUAGCUGGUGAAGAUUGCCUUUCUUUCCAUAUUUCGAGUAAACGAUCUGCUGAUAAUACUGUAAGUUUUCACAUUCUCAUUCAUACCCGGGAUUUUUUAGUCUGUUCGGAAAACAGAUGUUUUCUCUUCUUCACUACUGUAUCAUUGAAAUUCGGGGUUAUAUCAAAAAUUUAGAUCCACGUAUUUUCUGAGAAAUAUGACAAUAAAAAUUUUCAAAAUUAACUAUAUUUUGAAAAAAUGCAGUAUGUGAUUAUUUGUCAAUUAAAUUUCUCAAUUUGAAUCAAAAACGAAUAUUUAGGUUUUUCUUGAUGUUUCCCAGAAAUCCAUUCAAUUUCAUUCCCAUAACAUUAUGUUUUCAGAGCUCUGCUGAAUUCCGUGAAGAAUUGAAGCGAUCGUUGACAGAUAUGAAGAAAUUGGCUGAUGCCAUUGAAUCGAAGAAAAAAUAA